GUAGGGUACUCAUUACUUGGUCCCUCUCGAGUGGUUCUGCUGCUGGGCAGUGGUAACUUUUGAAGAUAGGUAUGAAGGACGAACUGAAACAUGUUGUUUCAAGUUUCAGCAGUGUACUAGAGGGUCUUCACUUGUUUCUAGCAACAUCAUUGUCGCAGGAACAACUGACUGCGGAAAAUGAGCAAGCUCGAAAAACGUUUGCACUGGAGCUCGGUCGGCUGGUCGGCAAGCUCAAGUCUCUCGGGAUUGCAUCGCCGCCUCGCCCGGGGCCCAAGCCUAUGGCGCAAAAUGGUGGCAGUGACAGCAAUCCAAAACAAGUACCGACAUUGCCACCUCGAGGUAGUGGACAGUUUAGUGUGGAAGAACGUGACCUCUCUAGAGACGUGAGGUCUAAUCAUAAUGACAAUGGCGUUCUGGUGACGGAAGAAACGUACACAGACAUGCAAACUGGCGAACAAAACGGAAGUAAUGCAAAGCAGGAAGAGUUCUAUACUGAUAUGGAGCCUGGUAAUGAAACUGGCGUCAUUCAAGAUGAGUUUUACACAGUUGUCGGCGGUGAAAACGAGUCUGGAGAGCCCAUUGAACAGGAAGAGUUUUAUGCUGAUGUCGAUCCUGCAGGUAGUAGCCAGGGAAUGAAAGAAUGCAUAGACAGUACAGAUGAUGAAGGCUAUCCACCUAGAAGUCCUGGUAGACCAAGGUCUACUGCUUCAUCAAGUUCAUUGGGCACUAAUUCACUUGAUAGUCAUUAUGCUCAAUUCAGUGGAACUAAAUUCAAGAAGUUUAAGGCUUCCAGCUUGAAGACAUCAGCCAAAGCAGGGUUCUUGGAGAAGCUGGGAGGCUAUCGACACAACAAGUGGCAAAAGCGGUAUUGUGUUCUUGAUGAUAUCUGCCUCUUCUUCUUCAAUUCACAAAAGGACAAAGCUCAAAACAAUCAACUCUUGUUGGUAGAUUAUGCUGUCAGUGCUGAUGUCACAGAAAUCAAGGAGAAGAAGAACUUUUUGUUCAAACUAUCACCCACUAGUGUAACAGAAAAAUCUCGACUAAAAACAUACUUCUUUCGAGCUCCAGCACAAGACACAAGAGAUGAGUGGGUUGCAGCAAUGUCGGCAGCAUGUCAGAAGGGUACAGGUAUGGGCAAACGUUGCUCAAUGCUUCAACAGUACCACGAUAAUGAUGUCGGAACUCCUUCAGCAACAGCAGCCGUGGAGCCAAUUCCAACAGAUAAUGAUGAAUUUUAUGAUGACACUGCUCCUGUUUUUACCAUCACUCCAUCAAAUACCUCUGAAGAUUCAGAUUCUGUGGGAACACCUAUGACAAAGAGAAAACCACAACCUCCACCCUUGCUUGUAGAGCCAGCUGUGACAGGACCGGUGCCAUUGUCUUCCAGGCCUGACCCACCUGUGGACACUCAGCGAGUCUACUACAAUGAUAAGUGGUUCAACUACAGUGAUGUCUAUGUUGCAUUGUGGGACUGUUGUGGUGCUGAAGCUAAUGAAGUGUCAGUUAGGCGAGGUAACUUAGUACUUAUUGUGGAGAAGGUUAAUGCAGACUGGUGGUUAGUGACUUUGCAAUCAGAAGAUGAUGACUUCAAGGGAAAGUCGGGUCUCAUUCCAUCAGCAUAUCUGGACUUUGCAUUUGAGGCAGUUCACUAGAUUGACAGUGCCUGUUUAGUUGUUUUCAUAGUUUAUCAUUUCAUUAGAGUUUUAUCUAACCUAUGAGUACACUGCUAUUACAAGGCUAAGUAACGUUAUUGAAA